AUGGAGGACACAAAUUUGACCUUCAAGGUCGUCAUCAUUGGCGACAGCGGGGUGGGCAAGUCAAAUCUAAUGACGCGCUACACAGCGAACGAGUUCAGCCAAGACACACCCGCCACCAUUGGCGUUGAGUUCAUGACAAAAAGCAUUAAGAUUGAGGGACGCGACGCGAAGGUGCAGAUUUGGGACACCGCAGGGCAGGAACGAUUCCGCGCCAUCUCGCGCUCCAUAUACCACGGCGCAAAGGGUGCCAUGCUCGUCUACGACAUCACGAACCAAACCUCAUUUGACUCAAUUCCAACGUGGCUGCAGGAGCUGCGCGUCUUUGUGCCGGCGACAUGCUCCAUAUUUCUCAUUGGAAACAAGUGCGACCUGGAGCACCUCCGGGUGGUGAAGAAGGAGGUUGCCGACCGCUUUGCACGCGAAAAUGGUCUGUCAUUUCUCGAGACCUCCGCCCUUGAGAAGACGAACGUAGACAAGGCCUUUGAGUGGCUGGCAAAGUCAGUCUACGACCUCGUUGUGGCACCUGUGGAUGCGGCGGGGAGCAAGCGGCCGCCGUUGAACGCCGGUGCGAACGCGAAGCGGCCGGUGAGCCUUGGCGCGGCCAACAACGGGCAGACGUCCGGCAAAAAGGAAGGUGGUGGUGGCUGUUGUUAG